AUGAAGAAACAUGCCCAUUCAAACGUUUCGUUUAUAAAUUAUAAUGCUAAAGACCAGAAUUUAGAUUGUCAUAUUCAAGGAUUUUUUCAUUUAAAAAAACAAAUAAGAAUUGAUAAAUAUAAAUUGGUUGAUAAUAAUCAAUUAAAAAAAGGAAAAUUUGGAAUUAAAGAAUUAUUACAAAUUGAUAAGAUUCAUUUUGAUCUGGUUGCUAGUGAUAAAGAUUCAAUUCUUUAUUGUAAAAAGAAACACAACAAAUAUUCAAUUCACAAUCAUAUAAUAAUUAAACAUGAGAACUAUCUACAUCUUUCAAAAAAAGAAUUUUCAAAAAAUACAAUUACAGAUUCUAGAAAAAAUCAUCUAGCAAUUUGUCGAUAUAGUUAUGAUGAUUUGAAUGAUUUUUUAAAUAUGCUUGGUGUAACUUGGAAUAUUGUUCUCAGAGGACAUUGGCUCAUUAUGAUGAAAAUUCAGGUCUAUUCGAUUACUUAG